GGUGCUGUUGCAGAAUAAAAGUUAUAUUUUGACAAAGGGACUGUUUUUGAAUCCUAUAGUUAUGCUGAUCACACUCGCCUUUGCAGGUGACAGUCUUAGAGGCUCUGUCACACUGGUAGCUAUAUAUUUCAGUGUAAGGGUUGUCAAAGAUGCCCCAGCACUCCUCGUGCUGCAUGGAAUCAGAGUAGCAAUAGUCAUGAACCUGACAGCAUCUGGAACACACAGAGGGCAUCUGUUUCAAUACAAGUACAAUGACUGACUUCCCGUUAAAGCUAAUGUAUAUAGCCCCCCCCCCCCACACACACACACUGUAUAACUCCCGCCGUCCACCUACACAGUGUACACAACCUCCAGGUUCAAAUUCAUCCUCUCAGAUUCUUGCCGUGUUCACUACCCCUGACCCCAUCUUCCCCUCCAUGACUGCGUACCUGUCCAGAUCAUCCACAGGUGUGCCUGAGCCACCCUUCCCACAGUAGCAGCCGUAGUCAGCAUAGUCCAGCACAGGCCAGCUGCUAGGGUUAACACAGACGAUCAUCGCUCUGAACUGCCAUAGUGCCCAUGGGUUGCGUUCAUGCACCGCCAGCACUGAAACACACGAGAGGCCACGUCUCAGACAGACAGAGCACAUUCAAAUAUCUACACCGGACAUUACCAUUUUUAUAUCAGAAACAAAUAAAAACUAGUGAAUCACUCAAAUGGAACCAUACAGCAUCAUGGUUGAACUGGGCAACGUCACAUUCACAACUGGGCAACGUGACUGGUGAGCCCUUAUUGCUUAAUGUAAAUGUAUUUUGCAUAACCAGCUGUGAGUAAAAUAUUUUGCAGUGCACACUGACUUGACUAAAGGAAUAUUUUCUGCAAAGAAAGCUAUGACAGGAUGACUGUACACUGCUCUGUUAUUAAAAAGCAUAGACAGCAUCAAAGCUCUGUCUUAAAAUACAGUGUAAUUAAUAAUACUUACAGACUGGCAGACAGAAGGCUAACAGCAGCAGCGUGUGAGAAGACCUCAUUUUGGCGAUGAAGAGUAUCACUGAUCUGGAACGCAACUGAUAUAUAUAGAAUCAUGGCCUUUAGGGGCAGGCUUUGGAUGAUUAGAUAGGGUGCGAUACACAGUGGACUGCACAGACAUAUUAUAAUAAACACUUGUGUAUAGUGAUAAAGGUGCAUUGAAUCACAUUUCAAUACCGGUUACAUGUUUUAUUUAUUUAACCAGGUUAAUCUCACUGAUUAAAAAUCUUUUUCAAGAGCGAUAGGAUAAUAUGCAGAAAUACAGGAGACUCAUUAGGUCAUUGUACAAGGCUUGACUGGAGUUGUGUAAUGGAAAUGUGUGGGAAUUUAAGCAUGUGUUUUGUCAUUUACACAGCUAUCUGCUGGAAUGUACUUUGGAAGAACAUCAGGGGAAAUGCAAAAUGUACCUUUCAGAGUAUUAGCAAUUGAUAUGAUAGAGGACAAGGCUGGUAUUUCAACCCUAACAAUGACUGCUUUAAGAAAGCAAUAUAAAAGAGGAAAAAUGACAUAAAUCAGUCUAAUUUGAUUGGAUAUACCAUAGAGAAUUAAAAUAUUUAUUUAAUCCAGCCAUAAAACAUCCACCAGCCAAUAUUUCAGUUAGGAUUUGACUUACUUAAACUCUACUUUAUAGACCCGAGGCUGAUAUUACUCAGCAGCCCCUAAUAGCAUAACAGCUCCUGUCAUUUUAGUGUCAUGUAGAAAUCACAUUCAACCCAUGUUUUCCUUUACGUGUCAUAUCAUGUUUCUGUUUUGAAUUUGUAUAUGUAAUAGCAGUAGCAAUCUUGGGUAAACAAGUUUAGAACCUGAGGAAAGCAUUUUAGCUGAGAUAUCAUUCAUAUUCCUGGCUGUAUGACACAACCCCUCCCAGUUUACCUCCCAUUUUAGCACUUGUUCUCCUUGACCUCCCUUCAUCUAAUAUAAGAGGAGGUAAGGUUGGUAUAUACCCUCAAUGUUUCCUGUCAUGCAUCCAAAAUCCCUCCUGUUGCUGCUGACAGCAUACGUAGCCCAUGGUUCACUGCAGCCCCAGGCUCUGUGGCAAUUUGGCAGAAUGAUCACGUGCACCCAGCCUGAUGUCAACCCCUUCAUGUACAAUAACUAUGGCUGUUGGUGUGGCUUGGGGGGGACUGGGACUCCCAGGGAUGACCUGGAUAGGUGUUGUGAGGUCCACGACCUCUGCUACCGAGCGAGCAGGCAUCUUCCAGAGUGCCGUCCCAUCAUUGACGUCCCUUACAUCAAGGUGUACAUAUUCUCUUGCACGAAUGGGCAGGUCUCCUGUUCAGCUUCCAACGAUGUGUGCCAGGCCUCAGUGUGCGAGUGUGACCGAGUCGCCGCCAACUGCUUCGCCCAGUCCACCUACAACCCUGAGAACAAUAACCUGGACCCCAAAACCCACUGUAUCACCUGAGCCAAGACAAAUCCUCUGGAAGCAGUACGAACAUCUGAAACUACUGUAGAUUCACUGAAUGUUUAUGAAUCCUGUUUCAUGGAUGUGUGUCAUGUUUGCUGGAAUGGAAUUUACUGUGCCAAUUAAACUGUUGACCUAUUAAAUGA